UGGCCCUGGCGGUGCUCUGCGUCGCCCCUGCUUCGCUGCUAAGGCCCUAAUAAGUAGUAGUAUCCGAUAAUUAAAAAACAAAAAAAACAAAACGAAAGCUCUACAUUUAUUGUGAAAUCCGGAAGUUACAUCUGACCCGGAAACUGAUUUGCUGCAAUAGUUAAAACAUUUUCCGCCUAAAGUGUGUGUUUCACCCGAGGGAGAAAAAGUCGGCACUGGGGAAUUUUGUGUGUAAUUAAACACACAAAAGUGGAAGAAGAGACGAGUGAGUUUGUGUCUAAAAGAAAAAAGCCACUAUGGACUCUCCGAGUAGAAGUCCACCUCCUAAAGAACUCAACGGAGAGUCCCAUGAGGACUCCGGGCCCCAGCAAGGUCCCUCUGUUCCCCAAAGUACAGAAAAAGGAUCAGGCAGCGAAGCUUCCAGCACCUCAGGCAGCAGUAGUGAGGAAGAGGACGCGCACAAUGUGGCCCUGAGGAAGAUUAGGAGCCACGUGGCCCAGAUCAGAAACGCCAGGUCCAAGUCCAGGGAACAAGAUCAGCUUGAAGCCAGAGAGCUGAACAAAUCCAACUCCUUGGAGAAAGAGAGGUCCAAAUCAAGAUCCAGGGAGCAAGACCGAUCCAGGUCCAGAAGCCAAGACAGGUCCAAGUCCAAGGAAAGAGACAGGUCCAGGGGCAGGGACAGGUCCAAGUCCAAGGAAAGAGACAGGUCCAGGGGCAGAGACAGGUCUAAGUCCAAGGAAAGAGACAGGUCCAGGGGCAGAGAAAGGUCCAAGUCCAAGGAAAGAGACAGGUCAAGGGGACGAGACAGAUCCAGGUCAAGGGGACGAGACAGAUCCAGGUCAAGGGGACGGGACAGAUCAAGGUCCAGAGGCCGAGACAGAUCAAGGUCCAGAGGCCGAGACAGGUCCAGGUCGAGAGAGCGCGAUCGAGACCGGCAGCGUUACGACAGAGGACGCUACGCACGGGAUCGCUAUGUGGGUCGCCAUGACGAUGGCGAGCGGCGCCAGGACAGGGACCACAGGGGCCGCGGUCGCAGCCAUUCCCCGGCGGUGGCGGCCAACGAGCCCUCGGCCAAAAAGAAGAAGGAGGAGCUGGAUCCCAUCCUGACCAGGACGGGGGGGGCUUACAUCCCCCCCGCCAAGCUGCGCAUGAUGCAGCAGCAGAUCACCGACAAGAGCAGCCUGGCCUAUCAGAGGAUGAGCUGGGAGGCUCUGAAGAAGUCCAUCAACGGUCUGAUCAACAAAGUCAACGUGUCCAACAUUGUCAACAUCAUCCAGGAGCUCCUGCAGGAGAACAUCGUCAGGGGGAGGGGUCUACUGGCUCGCUCGGUGCUUCAGGCUCAGGCGGCCUCGCCCAUCUUCACUCACGUGUACGCCGCCGUGGUGGCCAUCAUCAACUCCAAGUUCCCUCAGAUUGGAGAGCUGAUCCUCAAACGCCUCAUCUUGACCUUCAGGAGGAGCUACCGCCGCAACAUCAAGCAACAAUGUCUGACAUCGUCCAAGUUCGUGGCGCACCUCAUCAACCAGAACGUGGCCCACGAGGUUCUGUGUCUGGAGAUGCUCACUCUGCUGCUGGAGCGGCCCACCGACGACAGCGUGGAGGUGGUCAUCGCUUUCCUCAAGGAGUGCGGCCUCAAGCUCACCGAGGUCUCCCCUCGCGGGAUAAACGCCAUAUUCGAGCGUCUGCGCAACGUACUCCACGAGUCGGCCAUUGACAAGAGGGUCCAGUACAUGAUUGAAGUGAUGUUCGCCAUCCGGAAGGACGGCUUCAAGGACCACCCGGUCAUUCCGGAGGGCUUGGACCUGGUGGAUGAGAAUGACCAGUUCACACACAUGCUGCCGCUGGAGGACGAAUACAACACAGACGACAUCCUCAAUGUGUUCAAGCUGGACCCUAACUUCCAGGAAAACGAGGAGAAGUACAAAACAUUAAAGAGAGACAUCUUGGACGAGGGCAGCGGCGACUCCGGCGAGGAGGGAGACGGCAGUGAGGACGACGACGAUGAUGACGACGAUGGCGACGGCGAGAAGCAGGAGGGUGAAGACGAGAAGGUGACCAUCUUUGAUCAGACUGAGGUCAACUUGGUUGCCUUCAGGAGGACCAUUUACCUGGUCAUCCAGUCCAGUUUGGACUUUGAGGAGUGUGCUCACAAGCUGAUCAAGAUGGAAUUCCCUGACAGUCAGACUAAAGAGCUUUGCAACAUGAUUCUGGACUGCUGCGCUCAACAAAGGACCUACGAGAAGUUCUUUGGCCUGCUGGCGGGGAGGUUCUGCCUGUUAAAGAAGGAGUACAUGGAGAGCUUUGAAGCCAUCUUUACAGAGCAGUAUGAAACCAUUCACAGACUGGAGACAAACAAGCUGAGGAACGUGGCUCGACUCUUUGCUCACCUCCUCUACACCGACUCUGUUCCCUGGAGUGUGUUGGAGUGUGUUAAGAUCAGCGAGGAGACCACCACGUCAUCCAGCAGGAUCUUUGUCAAGAUUCUUUUCCAGGAACUGUGUGCCUACAUGGGCCUUCCCAGACUCAACCAACGCCUCAAAGACAUGACUCUGCAGUCCUUCUUUGAGGGUCUUUUUCCUCGUGAUAAUCCCAGGAACACUCGCUUCGCCAUCAACUUCUUCACGUCCAUUGGGCUUGGUGGACUGACGGACGAGUUGAGGGAACAUUUGAAGAACGCCCCAAAGAUCAUCAUGACUCAGAACCAGGAAGUGGAAUCCUCCGACUCCGACUCCUCUUCCUCAGAAUCGUCCUCGUCGUCCUCCGACUCCUCAGACUCCUCCAGCGACUCGGACUCCUCGUCCAGCAGCAGUAGCAGCUCAGACUCCGACUCCAAGCGCAAGAAGAAGAAGAGGAAAGGACAAAGCGAGAAGAAGAAGAAGACGGAGAAGGUGAAGAGGAAGAAGCGGAGUCCUGACCAGCGCCAGCCGCCCGCAGACCGCGGCGACCACGACAGGCUGGACAGGAAUGUCCGCGCGCGGAAUGAUGAUGAUGAGGAGGAGGAGGAGCGCGCACGACAGCGCCACCUGCAGCACGGCAGGCGAGACGAGCGGAGGAGGGACGACCCGGAGGAGGACAGUGCCAGGCGGAAAAAGGAGGGCGAGGGCCGAAGGAGAGAGGAGAAGAGGGGGCGGGAGGAGGACAGGAGCAGGAGGGACGGGGAGAAGAAUAAGGAGAACAGAGACGGUAACAGAGAGGACAGGAGGAGGAGAUAAAGACUGGCGAGUGUUCCUUCAUGCGCAUUUUUAUCUGAGAGACAUUAAAUUGUCAUUUUUCAAUGUUUUCUUUUAAUCUUCCGUCUUUUUAGUAAGUCCCAGCAGCCAUCUUGUCCUCCAUUGGACUCUCAGACAUGUGACACGGUGACCCGGAUGGCUGCAUGCAGACAGACAGGUUGGACCUUGUAGAACUGGACCCAAGGUGUCAUCCCUGUUUUCUGUAAACGGUCUCCAUGGCGACCAUGACUUUGUGCCGUGUUUUUUUCAUACAAUCGUUUGUCUGCGGCAGACUGCCACAAAUGCAUUAGGUGACUAUUGUCUAGAAAUGUCAAAGUACUACUGAGUACUUUUACACUCGCACCCAUGUAGUAAUAAACAUACAUUAGUGUAUG